GCAGAUAAAAAUAAGUACGAAAACUAGUAGCAGUCAUUCAGCAUUCUCACUCGCAGGCUUCUUUGUAAUUUAUUGUAUGAUUUGAUAGUUGUUGUCCUUCUGGAGGCCCUUGAUGCCGUGCUGAUCUGGAGGAAACUUCCAGCUACAUGGGCUCCGAAGUUUGAAUAUUUUGAACCUUGCGCGAAACUUGGAAUUGAGUCUGUGCUCGUGUGAAACGAAUUGCUUAUGGUCUCUCACAAUGGAAGGAUCUCUGCAGGCAGCGGUGGGAAACGUUCUCACAUUAUCACCCUGUCACUUAUGGAGGACAUUGCUGAUCAAGUUAAUGUGUGACAAGGCUGAUGAGGAGAAUCAGGACGGUGGAGAUGAAAUACCCCACAAGCUAGCCUUGUACAUUGCCGACAAAGUCGACCUGUACCUGCUCCAGUGCCUUGAGGAUAACCCUGAGACCACGCUUGACCAGAUGUUGUGUGACUUGGAGACUAUCGGCUUCCCGCCGCUGUACAUCUCCCAGCUAUGUGAACGCUGUUGUAGUUUCCUGGAGGGCACUGGUGAUAUUGGUGCACUUCAUCUCAUAGUGGCGGAGUUGACAGGUUUGAUGACACCACAGGGAUCAAACCAGCCACCACUCCUUCAUCCGCUCAGCAUGUGUGGCGUAUACGUACGGGAAGUUCUGGAGAGUUUCAGAAGCCUGCCAUUUGAGCAUGUGUGUGAGUUGACCAUGCGGUGUCAGGACGAAGUGAAGCAAUCACACCAUCCAGCCGUCAUCCGCUGUCAGCGCUCCUGCUAUCAGCCAUCAGUUGCAGACCGUUUCCCGAACAGCUCUGAUAGGCAGCGCCACUCCGUCCUGGUCGGCUCUUCACCCGUCUUUGUGCACCGCGAGGAAGGAGGUGAAUUUCCUUCGUUCCACAUUGCUAGUCCUAGUCGUGAUGCACCACCGUCGAGAGCACAAGCCGCGUCAUCCAGCACACCUAUAAAUUCCCGCUCAGACUCAUCUUUCAACUCCGAUGCAUCCCUGUCGGCCAUCGGAAAGCACCAGCCCAGUGCAGGCACAUCUUUUCAGGCCGACAGCUCUUUGUCAGCUGUUGAGAUGCAGCCGUUGUCCGUGGAAAAGCACCUGGCGUUCACGGAGACCCCGCCAGUGAGGAAUACCAGGCACAUGGCUGGUCUCACCAUGUCAUCGUCACACUUGUGCCGGCCUGACACACUCAACCCGCUUAGCUCUGACAAGCUAAUGGUGAAGUCGAGACUAUCUCUGGCAGAUCUUGAUCCAGAAGUCUCGGCUGCAGCAGCACUGGAAUCCGCUAUCGCAUUCAGCUUACCACCUCUGGACAACCCCACUGUGUUUGCCAGGAAACUGACCCAUGAUGCCAGAGAUGCACAGGUGCAGAAGGUUAUGGAUGAUCUGACGUCAGCCCAGCAGCGCCGUGAUUGGUCCGACACCGUCAAGCUGCACCACAAGCUGUUUGACAUGACGUUGCCCAGAAGUUCUGCCUCUGCCCUCGACGGUAGCAAUGAGCGGCGCAGUGAUGCACGCAAUGCAAUGCUUCACUGCGGACUGGCUAUUCGAGAGCUGUCCUGUUCUGCAGCUGCCAUUGGUUGCAGGCAUGAGGCAGCAAUGCUUAGGAACAAAGCCGUGCAGCUGGCGCUUGUGACGGACGACAGAGACUCUCAGUUCUGGGCUCUAUCUGAUGUCCUGGCUAGUAUUCAUCCAUCGUCCAAAGAAGUGGAUGUGUUCUCUCAGCAGCUGCAGACCAAGGCAGAUGAAGUUGCAAGUGCGGUACCGAGAGAGCCAUGUGGUCACAUGUCACACCUGUGGAGAGCUUGGCAUGCGCUAUAUCACUGCAAUCAGCCAAUGCAUGUAAUGCUGGACGAGUGGACGCAAGGCUGGUCAAUGCUUCUUGAAGAGCAGCAGUUCCAGGCAGUGCCCCAGUUCCUCUCCUUCCUGGCCUGGUCUUACUUCAUAUUCGGUUACAGUUCAUGCUCACAGGUGCUCUCGCAGAUGCUGAUGAUGAUGACACUGAAAGCCAAGACACCUUAUAGCUCUGUGUUGAAGCCAACGGAGAAGACUGCACUGGAGAACAUUGAUCAUGUCCGUCGUGUGGUGUCUCAGUUGGUUGCGUGCUGUAUACAACAGGGUGACUAUUGUGCUGCGCUGAAGGUAUUGCACUAUGAUGACAUGUGUGAGCAACUUUCACCAACACCAGUGGCGCAGAGUAAGCCCCUCUCAGUACAGCGUUGUGAAGUGUGGAUUGAAACAAGUCUUCUGCAGUGCAACUGGGAGACAGCGCGGCGCUGGAUUGAUGCACUCAGAGCGCAUGAUGACUGUCUGAGCAGAUUCUAUGAGGCAAAGCUGCUGCAUGAGCUGAGUGAUACAGCUCAGGCAAGUUGUAUUCUCAAGCAGCUGAUUGCUGAUCUUGAGCAGUCGUUCUCACGGGUUGAAGAGUUUGAUGUCAACUUUACACCAUUGCUUCUUGCCCGGUCCCUACUGUUGCAUGGACAAGUGUUGUCAUGCCGAAGUUUGGAGUCGUGCCAAGUGGAACAGUUGCUGACAAAGUGUUUGUCACUGUGCAAAGUGUUCAACCUGACGUCUGACUAUCACAGUACAUUGCUGGCAUUAACUGAAUACCAGUUAUCAUCAGGCAAGAUCUCCGUUGCUCAUCAGACCCUGAUGCCGUGGAUACCGCGCGUCCUGGCAUGUAGCCCGCAGCUAGAUCAAGGCAAGGCUUUACUCCUGUUUGCAAGAAUACUGCUGAACGACAGGCCUACACUGGGCAAGGGUGAAGCAGUUACUGCUAAUGUUGAUUUGAAGGAGGCUCUCCGUCUGCUCGAGGCAUCCGAAUCUCGCCUGAAGACGUGUCAUGCCCACAAGCUAUUGUCACAAGUCUAUCAGUGGAAGUGUCGCGUGUGCCAAGCCCUCGGUGACCGGGCCGCAAGUCUGUUGGCUGCAAAGAGCUACAGUGCAAUGCAGAGCAAGGUAACGUAGUUCUGAUGCUACGUGGUGACACAGUCUCGAUGCAAGAUUGGCAAGUUUCCCAAUCCUGGCAGGGCAGGUAUUUUCUAUCAUAAAUUUAUCAAGCACUCUUUGCUGGAUGGCCUGGCAAUGACAAAACUACACCAAGGUAUAUAUAGCACUGCAAGCUUUCUCAACUGGCUGGCAUAGAACGUUUCAUGUUUCUCCUAUGUUCACGUAGUCUGUUUAUUUUUUUCCUUUUGGCUUAGUUCUCGUGCUGGAGUCCUUGCUUUCUACAUUCAGUUGUUGUUCUUCACGUAUAUCUGCACGUUUCCUUUCUGCACAGUUCUUUUGAAAAACUGUGUCAUGCAUCAUAAUAGUUAGCUAGGGUGAAUCACAGGUACAGAAUUAUGUAGUCCUGACUCAGGGAGUCGUAAGAUACCGACUUCCUGUCCUGACUCUGUUCGUAAUGCCUUGUGGGUAUUGAUUGGCCGGCAACAUUACUGUAUGUUCCUGGCCAGGAGUCGUACAAUACCGGUAUUUUACGACUCCCUGCUUCUGGCCGUAUUUCACUGCAGUGCCGGUAGUAACUGCAGCCAGCUUCCUUCUGUUAGAUCCGUACUCUUUCUUACUGGCUGACUUACCAAACAGAGAGGAUAGAAUUGCUCGAGUAUUAUGUUUCAAUCUUGUAGUGCAGUGUGUGUUACUUUCUAACAGUCUUUCUUCAUCAGUUUUUACUUGAAGAUCGUCUCCUGGUUCUUUCA